AUGAAUGGUGCUGCUAUGGGGACAGCUAGAAUUUCUGUUGAGCCUGCAGCAGCAACAGCAGCAGCAGCAGCAGCAGCAGCAGCAGCAGCAGCAGCAGCAGCAGAAGAUGGAGGGGGAGGACACAGAAUUAAAAGGUGGCAAGGCGGCUCCUGCUCAGCAGCAGCAGCACCAGCAACAGCAGCAGCAGCAGCAGCAGCAGCAGCAGCAGCAGCUCCAACGGAGACAGUCCCCUGGCAGGAAGACAGCUCGCGGUUUCUCCCGGGUUACUAUCAGCAGCAGCAGCAGCAGCAGCAGCAGCAGUUGUUGCUGCUGCAGCAGCAACUACAGCAGCAGCAGCUGCAGCAGUUGCAACUGCAGCAGCUGUAUCAGCAGCAGCAGCAGCAGCAGCAGGAGUACGGCGAGCAUUAUAAGCAGCAAGCAGCAGCAUGGGCGGGAGAGGAGACAGGGGAAGCAGCAGCAGCAGCAGCAGCAGCAGCAGCAGCAGCAGCAGCAAAAGAAGCUGAGAUAUCUGGGGGUAUUUUCAAAGACACAGAUCCUUGUCUUGUUGCUGCUGAUAUGCUGCCGCAGUGUAUGUACACCUCAGCAGCACAGCAGCAGCAGCAGCAGCAGCAGCAGCAACAGCAACAGCAGCACCGAAAACAGCAGCAACAACGAAGACAACAGCAGUACCAACAGCAGCAACAACAACAACAGCAGCAACAACAACAACAGCAGCACGAGCAAGAACAUCAGCAGCCGCAACAACAGCAACACCAGCAGCAGCAGCAGCAACACCAGCAGCAGCAGCAGCAGCAGCAGCAGCAGCAGCAGUUUCUGACCUUGAGUAUGCCGGUGGAGACAGCCCCGAAGGUAGACAUCAAAUACCAGAGGGUCCCCGAGUGA